CUGAUGGAUAGAUAGAUAAAGCAAGAAGAGAAAAAUUUAGUAAAAGAGACAGCGAGAGACAAAGUUAGCAGGAGAGAGAAAGAGAGAGGGAGAGAGAGAGAGAGAGAAAGAGAGAGAGAGAAAGAGAGAGAGAUAGAGUCAGAUGAAAGUGAAACAAGGAGAGACAGCCUAUGUCUAUGAGUGUGAAAGAAGAAGUAUGAGAGUAUGUGUGUAUGUGUGCAUGCGUGAGUACAUGUGUGCAUAUACGUGUACGUGAGUGCGUGCGUGUGUGUGUGGGUGUGAAUGACUGCUUGCGUGUGAGUGUGUGUGUGUGUGUGUGCAUGUGUGUGUGUGUGUGUGUGUGUCAGAAGGAAAGCGCUAGCCGGAGAAGUUUACGAUGACUUCCAGUACGAUACGCGUACGCUGCACAUGUGGAGCACCACUAUGUAAUAGCAACAACUAUGAGCCUAUGACAAGAGCGAGCAAGCCGGGACAUAUGAAGGUAACAGGCUUUGACAAACUGGGUUUCAACAGCAACCAGUUACGCACAAUGAGGCAACAGCUACGCAGGCGGAACUAUAAUGCGCUCAGCAUCAUCACAGAAUUGGCAGCCGAGAGCAAUGCCCACGGACUGGCAAAAAUUGCAACAUCAACACAGACCCCAAGAAAAGUUCUGUGGGCAUUAAUGGUAAUUGUAGGCUUCACUGCCGCCACACUGCAACUCUCUCUUCUCGUCCGGAAAUACCUGGAAUUCCAGGUGGUAGAAGUUUCUAAAAUGAAAGAUGGUAUGGAUGUGGAAUUUCCUGCCAUCACUGUUUGCAAUAUAGCACCAAUAUCAUUGACGAAAACCAAAGAGCUGCUUAGUUCAGACACGUCAGAACUGACACAAUGGCUGCGAUUUAUAGACAAAUAUAACUUUGGUGCACAGACUGACCGGAUGUUCACGGUGCAGAGUUUGUACGAGAACCUCGCAGACGAGGCCCAGCUUUUGGGUAGGGACCUCAAUGAUUUCCUCAUACACUGUCAGUAUAAUCAGGAAAUCUGUAACAUCCAAAACUUUACUCGAUAUUUCGACGGACAUUAUUUUAACUGUUACACAUUCAACAGCGGCCAUCAGACCGGCACCAGCCUGUUGACACAUGCCACUGGGCCUCAGAGUGGUCUUUCUUUAAUUCUUUCGUUAGACAAUGAUGAUCCACCUGUUGGUGGCUAUGGCUCAUACAAUAUAAAAUCAAACAUUGAACACAGUGCUGGAGUAAGAGUGGUUGUUCACCCACCAAGCACGAUGCCGAGCCCAGUAGACCAUGGCUUUGACGUGCCACCAGGGUACUCUUCAUCAGUAGGUUUGAAAACUAUUAUGCACGCACGUCUUUCAAAUCCCUAUGGCAACUGCCAAAAUAGCCGGCUUCAAAAUUCCUCAAAAUAUAUCCACACCGUUUUCUCAUGUCUUGAACUGUGUAAACAGCGAAUUGUGAUGAGCACAUGCGGCUGUCGAUCUUCAAAUUUACCAGAAAUGACAUCGGCAAACUUCACUUUCUGUGGUUUAGUGGAGAACAAAUGGAAUUGGAAAGAUAUGAUGAAGAAUCCAGAAAACUACAACAUCACAAAAAUCAACUUGACAGAACUUGCCUGUGAAGAAAGAGUUCUCAAAGAAUUUUCCAUAAACCGAGCUUACGAGAGCUCAUGUAAUUGUUUUCAACCAUGUCAAGAGACCACAUACCAAAAAUCAAUAUCUCUUUCCUAUUGGCCUUUAGAAUUCAACCAGUUAAGUGCCCUUGAAACAUUUUAUGGCGAUAAAAUCAAUGAGACAUUUUUACAUGAUGCUUACAAGAUGCUUAAGUACUUGUCAAAUCUUGGUAGUGUCCCCACACCUGAGUCCCCACCUCCGGAAGAGAUCAAUAUCACUGUGGACGAUAACAACAACAGCACCAACUCUAGGAUGCAUUCUCCGGCUUUACUGUCGCAGUUGCUGGCAAACAGCACUGAGGCACCAAAGCCUGCAGCAACGAGAGACGACUUCAUUGAACACGUGAGUGCAAAGCUCAACUCAAGCGACAAAGAGAAACAAAUCCGAGCGUCAAACAUGAUCCGACAGAACCUUCUGCGACUGAACGUUUACCUUGAAGACCUCAGUAUCAUUGAGUUCCGACAGAUGCCUGCCUACGAGCUGGCUGAUCUGUUUGCCGACAUUGGCGGCACACUGGGUCUGUGGAUGGGUAUAUCGGUGCUGACUAUUAUGGAGCUUAUAGAACUCUUCACCAGACUUCUAAUGCUAAUUUUCAGCUCGGAAAAGAAAAUUCCCAAUGCCGACCCAGUCACAAAUGGAAUGUUGGACCAUGACUGUGACUGCCAAAAAAGUAGUAUGGAAUCACCAUUUUGAAGUAGAAUUUGCCAAGACAGCAGGGAUUUUGGGAAUUAAUUUUUUUAAUCCUUUUUUUUUAUUUUCACAUUUUUUUUUCAUUUCAAUAAAACAGAAAUUAUAUAAGAAAAAAAAACAUUUUUUUUUUUGCUAAAUUGAAUUCCUAAAGAAAUCAAUAAGCCAUCACAAUAAUUACUAAAUUAAUAUUACGAUUAACACAAUGGAUUUGCAAGAAUCUUUAGAGCAUAGGACAAAAUAGCUUCCAGCUCUUUAUGUUCGAAUCCUGCCAAGGUCAACUUUGCCUUCCAUCAAAACAAAAUUGAUGAAACAAAAGUACUAUACAAGUACUGGGUUGAUGGAUUCAAUUAAGUCCUUCUCCCAAACUUUUGGCCUUGAGCCUAUGAUAAAGACAAUUGUUAUUAUUAUUAUUAUUAUUAUUAUUAAAACAAAUAACUAUUAUUACUAUUAUUAUUAUUAUUAUUAUUAUUAAAACAAAUAACUAUUAUCAUUAUUAUUAUUAUCAUUAUUAUUAUUAUUAAAACGAAUAACUAUUAUCAUUAUUAUUAUUAUUAUUAUUAAGGCAGUGAGCUGACAGAAUCAUUAGUACGUCAGGCAAAAUGUUUAGUGGCAUUUCGCCCAUCUUUACGUUCUGAGUUCAAAUUCCGCCAAGGUCAACUUUGCCUUUCAUCCUUUUGGGGUCAAUAAAAUAAGUACCAGUUGAAUAUUAGAGUCAAUUUAAUUGACUUACCCCUCCUCUGAAAUUGCUGACCUUGUACCAAAAUUUGAAAUCAUCAUUAUUAUUAUUAUUAUUAUUAUUAUUAUUAUUAUUAUUAUUAUUAUUAGUUCAAUAUUCUAAAGGCUGUGGAGAUGAGAUAGUGGGCAGAGACUACAUAAGCAUAACUGGCUGUUUUAAUUCAAAGCCUCGUAUUUCUGAGUUCAAGUGGAGGCAACUCUGCCUUUUCAUCAAACCUGGGUUUCUAAAGUAAAAUAUACCAGUAAUAUUACUGGGUCCAAUACAAUCAACAAGAAAUGUUUACUGAUACAAAACCAAAAAUAUUAAAAAAGAAAUAUAAAUAAUAAACAUGAAACUGGUCUUGUGCCUAAGUCAAAAGAAAUCAACACCACCGCCACCACUAACUACCAUCAACUUCUUUGUCAUCGUCAUCACCAUCACCACCAUCAUUAUCAUCACUACCAUCACCACUAACACCAUCAUCAUCAACAUCCCCAUCACACUACCAUCAUCAUCAUAACCUUCAUCAAUAUCACUAUUGCCAGUCACCAUCACCACUACCAUCGUCAUCAUCAAUACUACUACCAAUACCACCACCACCACCACCACCACCAUCCAAUAAAGGAAACUCUAAACAGUUACUUGAUUGACUAGAAAUAGCAGUCAAAUCUCCCUCAAAUAAUCACUUCUAAGAAUCUUUGAAUAAAAAAAAAUGGAGGGAUUCAUACAACAAUGUAAUUCUGAAUAUAGUAAAACAGAAAAUAGGGGAUGGUCAUGAUCGGAACAUCUAUGAUGACAACAGGUCGCUCAAUCAGCAGUAGAAUGAAUAGAUGUCUGUGUGUGUGUGUGUGCACCAGUACCCUGCUCAACACUUCAACACCCUAAUCAACACAUACCCAUUA